CCAGUUCCACCCCCCUCUCUGUCACUGAACUGGGAGGUACGCCUGGAGGGUGUAGGUAAGAUACCUUGAGCACAAAUUACCCACUCCAUCAUUCUCACUCUACUUUCUGACUCCUGUCCGGACAUCAUGAAGACCUCUCUGUGUCUACUCUCCACUCUCCUGUUCUUCAGUUGCUAUAGUUAUGUUGCAGUGGGGGCACCUCCGCAGCAGCUAAGGGGCCCAAAUUGCAAGACUCAUCCCUCUGACCUGGUAUUCAUCAUAGACAGCUCACGUAGUGUACGACCUUCUGAAUUUGAACAGGUCAAGCACUUUUUGUCACAAGUCAUCGAGUCUCUGGAUGUUGGUGUUAAUGCCACAAGAGUCGGUCUCAUCAAUUAUGCCAGCUCUGUCAAAAAUGAGUUCUCCCUCAAAACACACAAGACGAAGGCUGCUCUCCUCCAGGCAGUCAAAAAAGUCCAACCUCUUUCUACUGGAACAAUGACAGGCCUUGCCAUCCAAUAUGCCAUCAACCAUGCCUUCAGUGAGGCUGAAGGUGCGCGGCUAAGAUCUCCGGGAGUCAAGAAGGUGGCUAUUGUGGUAACUGAUGGCCGUCCUCAGGAUGGUGUAAAGGAUAUUUCGGCUAAGGCACGACAAAGUGAUUUGGAGUUGUUUGCCAUUGGGGUCGGACGUGUUGAUAUGGCCACGCUGCGCCAGAUUGCCAGUGAGCCCCUAGAUGAACAUGUAGACUAUGUGGAGAGCUACAGUGUAAUUGAGAAGCUAAGCAAUAAAUUUCAAGAAGCACUCUGUGAACUGACUGACCUCUGCUCUACUGGAGAUCAUGACUGUCAACAGAUCUGUGUCAGUGCGCCUGGGUCCUACACCUGUGCCUGCAAGGAUGGAUAUACAUUAAAUGAAGAUGGAAAGACCUGCAAUGCCUGUGGUGCCUCAGCUAUUGAUUUGGUGUUUCUGAUUGAUGGUUCCAAGAGCGUACGUCCGGAGAAUUUUGACCUUGUCAAACAAUUCAUCAAUCAGAUAGUGGAGUCUGUGGAUGUUGGCGACAACAAGGCACAUGUCGGUCUUGUCCAGUACUCAAGCUCAGUAAGGCAAGAAUUCCCCUUGGGAAGGUAUAGCAGCAAGAAGGAUAUUAAGUCGGCUGUAAAGAAGAUGUCCUACAUGGAGAAAGGCACUAUGACUGGUCAAGCCAUCAAGUAUCUAAUUGACAAUACCUUUGCCAUCUCCAAUGGGGGAAGACCAGGUGUAUCUAAAGUUGGCAUUGUCUUUACUGAUGGUCGUUCCCAGGACUACAUAAAUGAUGCAGCAUUGAAAGCCAAGGAACUGGGUUACAAGAUGUAUGCUGUUGGUGUGGGCAACGCUGUGGAGGAUGAACUCAGGAUGAUUGCCUCUGAACCUGUAGCUGAGCACUCUUUCUACACAGCUGAUUUCAAGGCCAUGAAGGAAAUUGGCAAAAAACUUCAGAUGAAAAUCUGUGUCGAAGAGAACCCCUGUGAAUGUGAAGCUAUUGUCAAGUUCCAGACCAAGGUGGAAGAACUCAUCCAAGCAUUAACAAGGAAAAUUGAAACUGUGUCCAAGAGAAUCACCGCUCUAGAGAAUAAAAUCACUGUGUGAAGACCUCCUGCACUUUCCUCCUCUAAUCCAUUCAAGGGCUCCCAACUCUUCAUCUUCUCAAGGUCAAAGAUCAUUCCCCAUCUCUUGCCUGCACAGAGUGCUUCUAUCCCAGGAAUGUCACAUGGAUGAUAAAACACUGUGGUUGCUGGAGACAAGUUUACCAUCUUCAUUGCUAAAAGGAUGCUCCUAGUGGUGAGGGGCAUAUUGCAUCCUGUGAAAGAUAGUGUGCAGAUGCCACCUGUACUGGUUUAAUUGUAAAAAGUGCCUAGACACGCAUGUAUAUACACUUCUAUAUAUAAAGAUGAAUAUGUUUACAUAUAUAGAUAUAUAUAUCUAGAUAUAUCUAGAUAUAUAUAUAUAAUAUAUACAUGUAUGUCAUAUAAUUUUACAUGCAUAAGUUUAUAUAAAAAAUAAUCAAUAUAUUAGUGUGUAUAUAUAAUUACAGAAAAGGAACUAUUCUAGUGUCACAAUUAGCACAAGGACUACUCCCAACAAAAAACUUCAGGACUAACUUAUGCUAUAUAUAUAUAUAUAUUGGUUGGAAAAUAAAUAGCAUCCAAUAGCCUUCUUGUCAUAAUUUCAGGGGCACAGUAAAAUAUGCGCAAUUUGAAGGAUAAAGAAUAAAACAUACUUACUGAAGUAGCCUCAUUGCCUACAAAGUAUGCAUUAUAUUAUAACAUUCAGCAGUACACAUCUCGUUUACUUCAGUUUAUGACUCAGUAGGUUGCUAAGCAAGGGCAAGAAAUAUUAUAUAGUAUUUGUGACAUCUCAUUAAUACCUUUAUUGCAAUUGAAUUGUUCUUUCAACAUUAUAUUUAUAAAUAAAUAAAUAUAUAUAUAUAUAUAUAUAUAUAUACAUACAUAAAUGUAUGUAUAUAUAUAUAUAUAUAUUUAUAUAUUGUAUCUGAAUGGAAUAUUUGCUUUUCCACCUAAAAAAUUUAAUAUAUAAAAUGUAUAUAUAAAUAAUAUAAAUAUUUGAUCGUAUUUUUUUUUUAAACACCCAGUUUCCUAUACGUAGACAUUGUACCUUCUGCUUGUCGAAAAAAGUUAAUUUAAGAUGUUCACUGCCAAAAUAAAAUGAACAUAAAAACA